AGUCGACGAACGAACGGUGGGAAACUGAGGCAGGGCAGGCCUGGCGCCAGAAGGCGAGGUGUAAAGAAAAUCAGGAGCGAGGAGAGCACCGCGAGCGGGCGGGGAGCCACCACCUGGGCAAUGUGCGACAAGACUGACGGGCACGGGGAGGGCGACUGAAGACCCGAGCCCGGGUGACACUCACAGUCGCCGCCGCCCUCAUUCGGCUACGGCAGGACCUCAAGGAGGCGCCGGUCAAAGUCAUUCCCCUGACGGGGAGCCCAGCCCCGACCAAAGCCACAGAAAGCCAGCGAGACCUGACCCGAGCGUCUGCCGCCUUCCGGUGACCACCCCGAGCGCCGCCUACUCUCUUUUCCGCCUCCGCAUCCAGUCCCAGAGCCUUCGUUUACCAUAGAGAUAGAAGGAAAAGCUCGAAAAGAUGCGAAGUCACUAAACUAAAGUAACUUCCUGGUUUCUUGUAGACCCCGUUUCCACAGAAAAAACCAUUGAAGAAAUCAAGUGCAUACGAAGGCAGAUGUAACAAGGACGACAGCGCCCCUCCCCAUGGAAAAGUAGCGACUUGAACCUGCAAGGACCUGCAAACCUCUCCAUGGGUCUUACCAAGCAAUAUCUACGCUACACUACCACUGCCCUUUUUGGAGUGGUUGCUAGCCAAAAAGGCAAUAUUGUCUAUGUGACACUGCGGGGCGAGAAAGGUCGUUAUGUGGCAGUGCCAGCCUGUGAGCAUGUUUUCAUCUGGGAUACUCGGAAAGGAGAGAAAAUUCUCAUCCUUCAGGGCAAAAAGCAGGAGGUUACAGCUCUUUGCCCAUCCCCGGAUGGUCUGCAUUUGGCUGUUGGAUAUGAGGAUGGAUCGAUUUGUGUAUUCAGUCUCCUAAGUGGUGAAGGAAAUGUCACUUUCAAUGGUCAUAAAGCUGCUGUGACUGCCUUGAAGUAUGAUGACCUGGGAGGGAAGCUGGCUUCAGGAUCAAAGGACACAGAUAUUAUCAUUUGGGAUGUGAUAAAUGAGAGUGGUUUGUACCGCCUGAAGGGCCACAAGGAUGCCAUUACACAGGUGCUAUUUUUAAAGGAGAGGAAUAUAUUGGUUUCCAGUGGAAAAGACACUCUAGUCAAAUGGUGGGACCUGGAUACACAGCACUGCUUCAAAACAUUGGUUGGGCAUCGUACUGAGGUGUGGGGAUUAGCUUUGGUUUCCGAAGAAAAGCUUCUUAUCACUGGUUCUGCCGACAGUGAAUUGAGGGUCUGGGACAUCAGCUAUUUCCAGGAACAGGACCAAGACCGAAAUGAGUCAGAGUGCAAGAGAAGCAAAGGGCCUGGAGAGCACAUUGGAGAAUCUUCUGAAGAGGAUGGGACAGAAAAUCAGGAUGAGACCCAGGAGGAGCAUAUCCUGAAGUGCAUAAAAGCUGGUUCCAUCAUGCGGGAAGGAAGGGACCGAGUUGUUAAUCUUGCUACUGACCGCACUGGAAGGAUUCUCGCUUGUCAUGGAACAGACUCUGUUCUAGAAGUGUUCUAUGUCCUUAGCAAAGAGGAGAUUUGUAAGAAAAUAGAGAAGAAAAUGAAGAAAGCAAGGAAAAAGGCCAAGGAAAGGUCAGAUGUGGAGGAUAAAGAACAUGAUGCCAUUGUGGAGUGCAAUCUACAAGAAAAGAUUCAGCGUCUCAUUAACAUCAAAGCUUCUGCUAAAAUCAAGUCAUUUGAUUUGAUACUCAAUCCAAAAGGGGAGCUGAAAGCCGCUGUAAUGCUCCAGAAUAAUACAAUUGAAGCAUACACCUUGAACCCAUCAGCACAGAUACCCCGAGUUGUACAGAUGGCCAGGAUAACCAUUGGUGGUCACUGCAGUGAUGUCAGAACACUGGCAUUUAGUUCGGACAACAUUGCCAUUCUCUCUGCAGCUGCUGAAUCAGUUAAGAUUUGGAACAGGUCUACCUUGCAAUGUAUCCGGACCAUGGCAUGUGAGUAUGCUCUUUGCUCACUCUUUGUGCCAGGAGAUCGACAAGUCAUUGUAGGAACCAAGACUGGGAAGCUGCAACUAUUUGAUUUGGCUUCUGGGAUUUUAUUGGAGACCCUAGAUGCUCAUGAUGGGGCCCUCUGGUCUAUAUCUCUUUCUUCAGAUCAGCGUGGCUUUGUUACAGGAGGUGCAGAUAAGUGCGUCAAGUUCUGGGAAUUUGAACUGGUGAAGGAUAAGGACAGUGUCCAAAAGAGGCUCUCUGUGAAGCAAACACGUGUCUUGCAGCUGGGUGAAGAUGUUCUCUGUGUACGGUAUAGCCCCAACCAAAAGCUUCUGGCUGUUGCUUUACUGGACUGCACUGUGAAAAUAUUCUAUGCUGAUACUCUCAAGUUUUUUUUAUCUCUCUAUGGACACAAGUUGCCAGUGCUGUGCAUGGACAUCUCCUAUGAUGGGGCAUUAAUUGCAACUGGCUCUGCAGACAGAAAUGUGAAGAUUUGGGGCUUGGACUUCGGAGAUUGUCACAGGUCUCUCUUUGCCCAUGAUGACAGUGUGAUGUUUCUUCAGUUUGUACCCAGGUCCCACCUCUUCUUUACAGCAGGGAAGGACCACAGGAUUAAACAAUGGGAUGCGGAUAAGUUUGAGCACAUCCAGACCUUGGAGGGACAUCACCAAGAAGUGUGGUGUUUGGCACUCAGUCCCAAUGGAGACUACCUAGUGUCCUCCUCUCAUGACAAAUCAUUGCGUCUCUGGGAACGGACAAGGGAGCCGCUUGUUCUGGAGGAGGAGAGGGAGACGCAAAGAGAAAUGGAGUAUGAAGAUAGUAUAGCGAAGGAAGACCAGCCUGUGGUUGCUGGGGAGACUCAGGGAGAGGCUGGAUUAGCAGGAAAGAAGACUAUUGAAACUGUCAAGGCAGCUGAGCGGAUCAUGGAAGCCAUUGAGCUGUACAGAGAGGAGACUGCUAAGCAGGAAGAGCAUAAAGCUAUCUGUAGAGCUGCUGGAAAAGAGGUUCCUCUUCCUAUAAAUCCAAUUCUCCGGGCAUAUGGCAAUAUAUCACCUUCUGCUUAUGUACUAGAUGUCCUCAAGAAGGUGAAGUCAAGCGAGUUGGAAGAAUCUCUGUUGGUGCUGCCGUUUUCAUAUGUGCCUGACCUUCUGGAGCUCUUCAAUCAGUAUCUCCAGUUGGGCUCAGACGUAGAGCUGCUCUGCCGGGCUCUCCUGUUUCUGCUCAGGAUUCACUUUGGGCGGAUUACAACCAAUCAGCUUCUUGUUAACGUGAUGGAGAAUCUGAAGAAAACCACCAUCUCUAAAGUCAGCCAAGUGAGGGAUGUGCUAGGAUUUAAUAUGGCUGGUCUCCAGUUCCUAAAGAAAGAAAUUGAGGCCAAAGAUGAAGUGACUUUUUUUGCUGAUGCUACUGAUCGGUUUGAGGAGAAAAAGAGGAAGCGAAGGAAGAAGCAGAAGAUGAUUCUUGCAGUGGUCUAAUUGAGGCAUUCUUGGAUUUGUCGCUCCAGGAGAAUACUAGGGUGCUCUCUCCAUUACAGAGCAAUGCUAUGGAACUCAAGAGUUUGGGAUGGGGUGAGAAGUUCUGUGGAAGUUAAAUAGAGCUGUGCCAAACUUUUGCCCACCAAAGGGUUGGAUUGGAGGGGGCCAUGACUGCAUCCCCCGCCCUUCGCUUACAUUUCACCUACUGUUAGCUGCUGCUGCUGCUUCCCUUGAACUGUGGCUUUGGUACUUUUUAAAUACCAGGGCAAGGAGAUGCCUAAUUGGGACCUGCAUAGGCAAUGUGGUGACCUUGCAGUCAAAUAGGCCACCAUUAUCGCCAUUUUGCCAAGCGCUCCCCCUCCCUCAUCAAAAUUUGGUAGGGGUGUGUUACACCUUUCACAAAAUGUAGUUGUUUGGCUAAGCCCUAGAUUUGAAACAUCUAAAGUCUUUUCAGCCUUUAAGAGGAAGAAACAGAUACAUUAUCUAUAGUGGUUGAACUUGUUUCCUUUGAGGUUUACUAAACUAAAGUUCACAAGAGUUCUAGAAAUAAAAAAAUCCCUCACAUGGGUCUUGUUUGCUGUCAGAAUGUGCCCAUCAAGUGAGGUGUGUGAUGUAGAAGGGAGCCUUAGACUUUGUUAGAUCCUGUAAUAUGCCCAUAUUCCAAAUGCAAAGCAAUGGCUAAAUUCUAGUGUUUGCUCUCACACCACUUGGCUUUUGAAUGGAAAGAAAGUUCUAAGGGGGAAAGGAAAGGAUAGGAUGUUGCGGUUCUCCUUGAUAUGUCUUGGGUGUUCAAUACAUUUUCAGUCUGGUAAUGUAGCAAAUACCUCAAAGUUUAUAUUGUCUAUUGUGUAUUAAACUGCAGAAAUGUGUGCAAAUUUGUUUGCGGAACCAAA